UGGGGUUGAACUUUACUGUGAAGCUUUUCCUGGUGUCGUAACUGGUGUCGUCGCGGGGUAGUGACAUGGCCCACUGUUCUGCCAUGGCGGUGAACAAUCGCGGGGCAUAUUCUGGGCCAGCUCCGCUGUACCAACCGGGGCACAGUGCUGAGCCGGACUUAGAUUCUGCCGUGGUCCGCUAGGUUGAAGCGCGGCAGCGGGUGCCUCAUUUUUUUGAGCUUUGGAGAUAGCAGUCGACGCCGAGCUUGGAGCAGUCGACGGUUGACCCCUGGUGCCUGUUUCGCCAAAGACCAAUAACUCGGCUCCUUCAAUUCCCAACCUUCCAGUUGCACAGUUUCCUCGGAUUAGCUUUGCAAAGUCUAACGGGAUAGAGAGCAGCAGCCAAAAUGGCGUUGAACUUGGAUUUGGCGAACGCCGCUGUCAUGAAGGAUGAGCAAGGGCGGCCGUUCAUCGUCGUCAGAGACCAAGGCAAGAAGAAGCGCCAGUACGGCAACGAGGCCGUCAAGAACCACAUUCUCGCCGCCCGUACCGUCGCCAACAUUAUCAAGACAUCAUUAGGGCCCCGCGGUCUCGACAAGAUCCUCAUUUCCCCCGAUGGCGACAUUACGGUAACAAACGAUGGCGCGACUAUCCUGCAGCAGAUGGAGAUCACGAACCACGUUGCGAAGUUGCUGGUGGAGCUUUCCAAAUCGCAAGACGACGAGAUUGGCGACGGCACAACGGGCGUCGUCGUGCUGGCCGGCGCUCUCCUGGAACAGGCAGCAGAGCUCAUCGACAAGGGUAUCCACCCCAUCAGGAUCGCGGAUGGGUACGACCAGGCAUGUGACAUCGCCGUGGCCGAGCUCGACAAGAUUUCGGAUGUGAUUGAAUUCAGCAAGGAGCAGACGGAAAAUCUGGUCAAGGUGGCGAGGACAAGCUUGGGGAGCAAGAUCGUGUCCAAGGCGCACGAUCAGUUCGCCAAUAUUGCCGUGGACGCGGUUCUCUCCGUGGCCGACCUGGAGCGCAAGGAUGUCGACUUCGAGCUGAUCAAGGUGGACGGCAAGGUUGGCGGCGCUCUUGAGGACACCAUCCUUGUCAAGGGCGUCAUUGUCGACAAGGAUUUCUCACACCCCCAAAUGCCCUCCGAGGUUAGGGACGCCAAGAUUGCGAUUUUGACAUGCGCAUUCGAGCCGCCAAAGCCCAAGACCAAGCACAAGCUCGAGAUUAGCAGCGUGGAGGAGUUCAAGAAGCUGCAGAAUUACGAGCGGGAAAAGUUUAUCGAGAUGAUCCAGCAAAUAAAGGAUGCCGGUGCGAACCUGGCCAUCUGCCAGUGGGGCUUUGAUGACGAGGCCAACCACUUGCUCCUCCAAAACAACCUCCCCGCGGUACGGUGGGUGGGCGGUCCGGAGAUCGAGCUGAUUGCGAUUGCAACCAACGGCCGGAUCGUCCCCCGGUUCGAGGAUCUCAAGCCUGAGAAGCUUGGAAAGGCGGGUAUCGUUCGGGAGAUGACUUUCGGCACGACGAGGGAGAAGAUGCUCGUCAUCGAAGAGUGCGCCAACACGCGGGCUGUCACCGUUUUUGUCAGGGGCAGCAACAAGAUGAUAAUCGACGAAGCCAAGCGCUCCCUCCACGAUGCUCUCUGUGUAGUCCGCAACCUCGUGCGCGACAACCGCGUCGUCUACGGCGGCGGCUCCGCCGAGAUCGCCUGCAGCCUGGCUGUCGAGGACGCCGCCGUCAAGACGCCCGGUCUGGAGCAGUACGCGAUGCGCGCCUUCGCCGAGGCCCUCGACGCCAUUCCCAUGGCCCUGGCCGAAAACAGCGGUCUCAACCCCAUCGCCACGCUCGCCGAGGUCAAGAGCCAGCAGGUCAAGGAUCCGGCCGGACGUGGCCGACUCGGUGUUGACUGCAUGGGUCGCGGGUCCAACGACAUGAAGGAGGCGUUUGUCAUUGAUCCGCUGAUUGGCAAGAAGCAGCAGCUUAUGCUGGCCACUCAGCUCUGCCGCAUGGUACUCAAGGUGAAUAAUGUGAUUGUGUCUGGGUCGGGCGAGGAUGAGUUCUGAGGGGUAGAGGAUGAAUACAUGGAGGUGGGUAAAGAAAGGCCUUACCCCUCCAGAUAGCUAGAUACCUGUGGGCGUCGAUACAUGCAUGAAUGAAUGGGAUCAUCCCUCUCACGACAAGCACAACUCGGCCAGCGCGUACUGUUGCUUGCUUUCAUGCCUAACUCGCCUCCAAUCACUACGGAUAUUUGAAGCAACGACAACACAUAACCUCAGGCUUUGAAGGUAGUUAACCAAGGUAGAUGGUUCAACCCAAGAAUGCGAUACCUAUCAGCGGGCCGAUCGCCUGACGGCCGGAGACAGCUACAAGAGCGGGCAGUAGGCCGCCACAACAUCUUA